UUGUAUCCAACAUAGGCUCUUUGACAGUACCGCCAAACUAACUUACGUUGUAUAUUUGUCACAUAUUUGGACACAUGUAUGCUUUUUCAGUGUGUUGUGGCUGUUUGAUAGGAGUAAUUCGUUUAGAUGUUUUGUUCCGAAAAGUCACGGGAAGGCGUAAGUUAGCGGAUGUGGCUAACUUGAGCUAACACUAGUUAGCCACUCGUUCACGUGUUGCUGUUAUGAAUUAUUGCCGUGCUUUGGUUUGCGUAUUUGAAAGGUUCACCACAGUUUAGUGUUACGAUGGAGAUGUUAAUCUCCGACAAUCUGAAUGUAAACCAGCAUAUGUUAUCCCUCUGUGGAAAAGUAACGAUAUUUAGCUGUAAACGUGUGUCUGACUUGAUGUUCUGCAGCUUUAGUUAUAAACAUGAAGAGAACAGAUUCGUAAGAGCAUCCGAUGGAGCAGCUGUCAUCAGCAGAAAAAGUUCCACGCGUGUGGUCAUCGUGAAAUGUCAGUGUGCCACAGAUCUCCGAAAAAGGGCUGCAACACAGUGCGUGUUAGUCGCCAAAAGAAGUCAGAAAAGUGAGAGUUUUCACUAUGUUCUUCUCACAGUGGGCAGCUCCGGACUUGAGCCCCACAUUGAGUUUAAACUCCCGUAUCGAAUCAGGGACAGUGUGUCCAUCCUUCAGGGGCCCACAGUGCUGUGGAGCCACGCAGGUAAUGUGUUCUACAUGUCCCUUCAAGCCGGACAGGUGAGACAGAUUCCCAUGCAGCUGUCCCACAGUGUUUGUGGAGAACUUCCCCUUCAGAAAGCUCAGAUAUUCAUUCUAGGGAAGCAAAAUCUUACCAAAGAGCAGGUCAGCAGCACGGUUGGGAGCCAGACAUUGGGAUAUUUUCUCGAGAACGGAGAUCUGUUUGACAGCAGUAUGCUUUUACCGCAUCCUUACAUUUCCAUUACUCAGUGCAUCAUAGUGCUCUCAGCUGAAAAAGAAUACAGCAGGCUCAGGACUGCAGUGGUUGCAGCAACGUCUAAACAACAGCUCGUUUAUUUUGAGAACGGAAUAGUAAAAGAUGUCUGUCGGCUCCCUUUUGAGCAUCCUGAAGCUAUUCAGUUGGCUAACACAGGAAGAAAUGGCUGCCUGUUUGUCGUCUGGUUUCACCAGGGGCAUGUCUGUGCCGUACGCAAGGAUACAUUUCAGGUAGCCUCCCAUUGGUCCGGCGUCAGUUCUGUCCACGUAGAUGACUUUGUGGGAUGUGGAACAGACCAGAUCCUGCUUGUUUUUGGGGAUCAGUCGGUAACAGGACGUUGGUUGGAUAAUUUCCUCAUCACAGACCUGUGCGGCAUUUCGUAUUCUCGUGGUCAGGACAAUGGAGUAGCAGAGACACCGCCUCCUCCAGCAGAAAAUCAUCUCCUCACUCUUCGAGCUUUAGAGUCCAGGCUACAGAGUGGGUUAACAGUGCUUCAGGACCUUCAGAGAGAAGUCCGGGUAAAGGACAGGGUUCUAAUGCAGUCGAUUCGAGCGCUUACUGAUGUGGUCUCAGACAAAGAACCGACGCUCACCCAGCAUGAAGAGGAAAGCCUGAUUGCUCUGUGGGACGAUGAUGAUGAGUCAAAGGAUGACGUCUCGGUUGACAGGACACAAGAGAUGCCAGCAGCGUCUUCAAAUCCUCAAGUUGACAAGCUAUGGCAUCGUGUCAUAGAGGGCCGAGUGAUUGUGGGAGUGAUACUAGCGACCAACAGCUCUACACCGGUGGCCAGUGUGAGUUUAUCCGUCCUGACAGAGAUGGGCCAGAGCUCAGCGCCUGCGGUCAUCCAGACCCACAGCCAAGUGUUCUGGCUUACCACUCUCAGCGCCUCCUCCUUUCCCUCUUCCUCACCCUCAGAGCCUGUAGCCAAAAGAAGCAGGCGGCACAGCGCCGGCAGACCCGGUGAUCUCAGCACAUGCGGACUGGCUGUGACUGCUGUGACCAGCCUGACACCUCUGCUGAACUCUGGAUGUGUCAAGUGCCAUGUCCUGCUCCAUUAUGUCCACCACACGCGUGAUUCCUUUGGUCUUGUGAGCAAUACAAAACCAGCGGUUCUACAUUGUGGUCAUGUAGCUUUACACAGCCGCAGCUAUUUCCAAACCCAACUGCUGACAGACCCGAAACUCAAAACAGGUGAGGUUAAGGAGGACUUUCUGAGUCUGUUGGCAGUGCUGGAUCAGUGGGUUUUUCUCGUAGACUCUCCCGACCACAGCUUGGGUGACAUCGAUGACUGGAUGGAGAAAAGAACAGCUUCUGUGAGAAUAGCCGUGAGCCCAGAGUAUCUGCUGUUCAACUCCUCGCAACUGUCUGACCUCAUGCUGCUGCGCUGGAAUCAGAUAACACCAUUCCAAGGAGAGCUGUCAGUGCACAGCAGACUGUCCAAUCCCUGUGCUACUCUGCUUCUACGACCAUGAUCCUCGGGCUCAUCUGCCCAGAAUCCCAGCUCACCUGACCCAGCCUGGACCAGACCUGGGUCCCAGUGGGCUACCCGUCCUCACACAGCUCAAUUCUGAUUGACAGAUUCUGCGUAUGUCCCAAGCAUCACAACACAACAACACAGGAAGUCAGCAGCCGGCGGUCUCACCACAGGGCCACGAUCCAUCAGGUCACUGUGUUCCCUGCUGCGAGCACAAAACGGAAAUCUCUGCAUAAUUUUAAAGUCUAUUUCCUGUUUGAGAUUGUUCUUUUAAUGUGUUAUUUGACAUAACCCUGCUGAAUGAACAGAAACACAAAGCUUUGGUGAAGAGUGAUUUCAGUCCUGACAAGACAAUCACAAUUGACUUGAUGUAGGUUACGUUAAAGGGGUCAUGUUGUGAGAAAUGAAUUUGACCUAUGUGUUACAGUUGCCAUAUUUUCCGGACUAUUAGUCACACAGGAGUAUUAGUCGCAUCUGUCCAAAAAUGCAUCAAGAAGAGGAAAAACAUAUAUAAAUUUCACCCAUCUACAACUCGU